GAAGGCAGAGGAUCUCUUCCCUGCCCUGUGCCCAGUCCCUGCUGCAAAGCAUGUUGCUUCCCGUGAGCAUCACUGUGCUCCUCUGCCUGGGCACCGUGGCUGGAUUCCUCCCCAACCACGAAUCGGGCGGCAUCGAUUCGACAGUCUUCACGGAUGCCGACAUCACGGAACAAGGGGUCCUGCGGGCUGUUGCCCAUUACAUGGAGAAGAACCCACUGCCCGGAAGCUCUCCCAUGGCCCCAGGAGAGCUGGAAAACAUGAAAUUGCUGACGGCGACCGAACUGUUCAGGGCCUUUUUCAAAGCUGACGUCUCUCCCAAUCGAUUAGUCAAAGCCAUACAGGAACUCAUCUCUGCAAAUAAUCAAGUGGAGGUCAACUAUGCUGAAUACAGUAACUACUUCUUCCACUGUGAAAAGAUUGCCCCAAGUAUAACGCAGAUGCGAAACCUGAGGGACUCCAUGCUAACUAGCCUGAAGGAACCUGUGAGCUCAUCGGCUUUGGAAUCGGCUCGACAAAGUGCUGGACAAGCUCUGCACAUCCUUCAACAAUUCUACAGUAACACCAACUGGCCUGAGCUGGGGAAAGGUGGAACUUACGAUCACCUCUUAAAUCCGGCUAGUCCUGCUUUCCCUGUUGCUCCCGCUUCUAAGGAAACCUGUCGCGACUGCAGCAAAGAUGCAAGCAACCAGCUUGUAUGCGAUGGAAACAUCCUAGUGAACGACCUGCUCACAAGCGGGUACAAGUUGUCAAGAACAUGCACACGUAAACCAGAAGGCAAAUGUGGACAUGGCGGAAGGAAUGACCCGGCCGAAAUGUUCCCUACCACGGGGGGGAUCAACAAGGAGACAACUGACCCCCGGCUCUCCCCGCACUAUCAACUGCAUCAACAAGCAGCUGAACUAGCCAUACAAGCCACAAGGGACUUCUUUGUAGGAGAAGGGUACGGCCUGCUGGACCAGGUGGGCAAUGAUACCUUUAAGAGGUUUUUCAACUUUCUCGGCUUUUCGCUUACCUUAGUAAUAGACACGACUGGCAGCAUGUCGGAGGAUAUCAACCACGUCAAAACCACCUCCAUCAAACUCCUCCGGGAAUAUUCCAGCUCCCCGGAUAAACCCUUUAACUACAUUCUUGUGCCUUUCAACGAUCCAGAUGUUGGCCCAGUCCAAGUGACUCAGGAUGCGGAUGAACUUGAGACCUUGAUCUCUAACCUCAGAGCUACGGGUGGCGGUGACUGCCCAGAGAUGUCUUUGAGUGCCCUGAAGUUGGCUUUGGAACACAGCUUGCCAAGGUCCAAGAUCUACACUUUUACUGAUGCUGGAGCCAAAGAUGAGCACCUGAAAGAUGAAGUCAAAGUCCUCAUUGAUUCAUCCGGGUCUGAAGUGGAUUAUUUACUCACAGGGUAUUGCUCUAGCAGGAAACGCAGAAGUGCUGCCGAAGAGGCUUCUGGGAAAAGUUAUGCUAACAUCUAUGAAGAACUAGCUACUUAUUCCGGAGGCUUCUAUGUCAUGACCACCAAAGGCGAACUCGACCAGGUCUUGGGCAUUAUGGAGUUGUCUCUGAAUGCCGCCCCUGUUACGGUGGCCCAUAAGCAAUUGGAUGGGUCUCAGCUCUCUUUCCCUGUGGAUGAGACCCUCACAGACAUAACUAUCUCUGUUAAGAGCUUACACUCUUUGGAUUUCACCAUUGCCGUGAGGCAACCUUCAGGUGUUUCGCCGUCCACUCACACAGUGAUCAACACAGCCAGCCAUAAGAUUGUGAAGGUUUCCCCCAUCCCUGAGCGGGGCUUGUGGACCGUGACUGUGUCUCCCAGCGGCUCCUACGAGGUGGAAAUCGGAGGCAAGAGCUUGCUAGACAUAUCCUACCAGAUUAUGCAGAAGCAGAAAGAGUAUGUGCUUCCGGUCCAGGGAAAACCUGUGAAAGGCUCCAACUAUACUGUCUCGCUGAGGCUGGUGGGCGGGGCUAAAGGUGCCCAGGUCCAGCGCCUGAUCCCUAUUUCUGGAUUGGGGAACCCCAUAGACUCCAUCAAACAAACAAAUCUAAAAACAAAAACAUAUGCAAACAUUUCUUAUAUAAACCCUCUCUCCUCUACCUUCUAGACCACGCUGCUGAGUGUGGAAGGCCUGUCUCCAGAGAAUCUGCCCUUUUCACGAGUCAGCAGCUACCCCAUCAGCACCGAGUCUGUGCAGAUUCUACCCGUGCCGGACCAAAACAGCACAAUGGCACCUGGCGAAAGCCUGGAGGUCUCUGUCAUGGUGGUGAACGAAGGGACAGCUGCCGCCUUCACCUAUAAAGUCUGGGAUGACUUUGGUUUCAUGGAGAGCUUUGCACCAAUGGAAACUUUCCUAAAUCCGGGAGAGAGCGUCGUCCUCAGGGCAACCUUCACGGCGCCUUUGAAGAACAGCAGCUUUACUUCCAGCACCGCAACGUUCACAGCUAAGAGCUCCACAACUCAAAACUACCUGAGGCUGCCCAUCACUGUCAUUUCUGAAAAUGAUACGAAAACAGAUGAGAUCCCACCAAACCACGCGCUUCUAGACCUUUACAUGCCUUGUGUAGGCAAAUUCCAGCACAAGCCUACCUGCUCUCGGUACAUUUGGAAAAUGAGGUUCUCUGCAAAGGAUAAUCACAGCGCUGUCACCGUCCAAAUCAGUGCAAAUCCUUCUGGUCUAUCCUGCAGCCCACGGGGGACUGAUGGCAGCAAGGAAGUCAUGUGUCACUAUCAGUCGAACUGCUGCUCUCCUUUUGCAGAAUUCCUGAUCAGCGAUGAAAACGGGAACACAAACACUUUAACUGUAGAUUACAGGCGAUCCCAUACUGCCGCCGCCUCAUAAACCUACAACAGCUUAACCGCAUUAUAUGACUAUCACAUACGGCAAUAAGCUUUGGAGAGUCACAUUUCUGGUUUUGUGGUGCCAUUUGAAUCGGGAAGGAGAUACUAUCCAGAUGUUGAACUGCCAAGUGGUGAUCCAGCCACAUUGGCAGCCUCCAUUACACUCGCAGCCAAAUAAAACAAACUUCAGAAAGCACUUGUGCCUGUGUUUACCCUCACUGUUAAGAA